AUGUUCGAUUUCGAUGAACUGGAUGAAACUUUGACGAGCGACCCGGCAUCUGUACGGUCUGCACGAGCGCCAUCCUCAGCGGCCAAUGGAGUUGGAGGCAUUGGAGGCCCUCCAUCUCUUGAGUCACUGCUCGAAGAAGCGUCCGACUCAGAAAGCGAAGCAGAAGCCGAUCGGGCACCGGAAGGAUCAAUCGUGAAGCUGGCUGCAGAGCCUAAAGCGGAACACAGAAACCCGACAAGUUUCGCAACGUCCUCAGCCCGGAGGUUGAGGGUGCCUGUGGUUCCUCCUGUGCGGGGUUCGAUGCUAGCCUCAGAUGAGGAUUUGCUACAGUGGAUGGCACAAAAGGCUUACCUGGGACAGGACAUGUUUUUGAUAGGAGAUCCCGGACCACAUCUUCGUAAUGCUGCACUGCGUUUUGCCGCACAGACGGGCAGAGAAACCGAGUACAUCGGCAUAACAAGAGACACGACGGAAGCUGACCUGAAGCAACGUCGCGAGAUCUCGAAUGGGCAGCUGGUUUUUCACAAUGCCCCGGCCGUGGAAGCGGCACUGAAGGGCCGGCUGCUGAUUCUGGAAGGUGUGCAGAAGGCCGAGCGAAACAUCUUGCCCUUGCUCAACAAUCUUCUCGAGAACCGAGAGAUGACACUAGAGGAUGGCAGCUUUCUGAUGGCACCGGGCCGCGAGGAGGAGAUCCGGUCAAGUGGUGGGCGGCAACUGCUGCCGGUGUCCAGGAAGUUCCUGGCCAUCGCAAUUGGCUUGCCUGUACCGACCUAUCCUGGGAUCGCCUUGGAUCCGCCGCUGAGGUCCCGCUUCGCUGCACGGCGAGUGCAGGGAGACACAGGGAUCAGAUUUCCGGGAGGUGAUCAUGCAAUGAAGAAGAUCACGGAAGUGGUGGCCUUGUGGAGGGCUGCCAACGGUGGGAAGCAAGCCAGGCUUCCGCGAUUUCCAGAGUUUGGCUUGAUCUCGGUGAUGAACUUGAUGCAACUCUUCCCAUCGCUACCCGAAGCAGCAGCUCUCCACAGUGCGUUCCCUUGGACGCUGCUGCAGCUGAGCAACGCUCAACGUUCUGCAGUGCAAUCAGCUCUGAAGCUACACAAUCUUGAGUUGCCUGGCCCAGACAGGCAAGGGUACGGCCUGAAGAGCAUCGAACAGUUUCCUCUCGACCGCUCUGCACGGCUCGUGUUCCAAAAGGGCCAAGGGGACUGCACUGUUUCUUGCCCCUGCGGUGAGUGGCCCUCGAAACACGAGCAGAUGCCACAGUUGGCCCCCAUGCAACAAGCUAUGCUCUCGCAGCUCUUACGCGAUCAUGCUGUGGGCAUGGACAUUUGCCUCGUGGGGGAGCGAGGCGUGGGCAAGACCGUACUGUGUCGUGCUUUCGCUGAAGCCCUGGGCUACCGCACAUACAGCAUUUUUUGCUUCAAGGACAUGACUGCACGGGAUUUGACUUUGCGUCGCAGCACCGACGACCGGGGCAAUACGAUAUGGCAGCCCUCACCACUCACACAGGCUGCCAUGGAAGGAGGCUUGGCUAUUUUGGAUGGCAUCCACCGCCUCAGCCCGGGUGCCCUGGCUGGUUCUGUUGGCCGUCUCCUCUGCGACCGUGAGGCCGUAUUACCGGACGGGACAAGGAUCGUCCAGCAGGCGCAGUGGGAUCAGUGGUUGGAUCAGGGCUGGUCAGCGGCGACUCUCCUCGAUGAAGGCUUUCGACCCGUACAUCGAGCCUUCCGAGUGAUAGCUACUGCUGAGCCUCCUCAAGACAAAGAUCGGUCUUGGUUGGAUGAUGAGCUGCUGACACUCUUCCACUUCAGCGAGGUGAAGCCUCUGCCAGCCUGGCAACAAGCCAAGCUUGUGACGCAACUCUGUGGCUUGCCACUCGAGCACCCAGUGCUGAAGGGACUGCUGGCCUACGGCAAAGCCCUGCGCGCUGCAGCCAAGUCGGACGUGGCGCUGCAGCCACUCGUGUUGAGCAUGCGGCAGCUCCUGCACGUCUCGCGGCGCCUUAAGGCGCGGCCCGAUGCCACCGAGGCGGCACAGGCAGCACUGUCGGGUUACGCAAGCUUCCUGCCGCCACUGUCCAAACAGGCUGCAUUGCGGAUGAUGCGAGAGGCAAUGAAGGGCACAGGUGUGCAAGUGGACCUGGAGAAUGCAGAGGAGAUCAGAGAAGGGAAGCGUAAGGCGCAGUUGGCGGAGGAACGUGGCGAACGCCUCAAGGCACUCGAGGAGCCGGCCAUCGGCUUGCGCUUCAUGCCCGACCGAAGGGCAGAGCAAUUCAUCCAGGAUGAAACCAACAAGUUGCAUGACGAGGCCGUCGCAAACCGACACAAGCAACGGGCCGAGGUGAUGCGUCUGGCACGGGAUGGCCUCCGCACAGCACGGAGCCAGCGCUUGGCACUGGAAAUGCAUGAGGAGGAGGUACGACUGGGCGGCGUUUCCUGCACAAGAGGCCAACCUCAAAGACCCGAGCUGGUGCCUUCCACCGUUUUCGUAGACAUCCCUCAUCAUCUGACAGUGCUGCGCACCAUGCUUAUUGAUUGGCUUCUUCAGAGGCACUUGCUGCUGAUUGGAAACCAGGGAGUUGGCAAGAACAAGCUGGCAGAUCGUUUUCUGAGCAUGCUCCGGCUGGAAAGGGAAUACUUGCAGCUGCACCGCGACACAACGGUUCAAUCUUUGACAACACAGCCGAUUCUCCAGAACGGUGUCGUCGAGUACCAAGAUUCACCCCUAGUGUCUGCAGUGCGGCACGGGCGAGUGUUGGUCAUUGACGAGGCAGACAAGGCCCCUCUAGAAGUUGUUUGCAUACUCAAAAGCCUUGCAGAAGAUGGCGAGUUCACGCUCGGAGACGGGAGGACGAUUAUGGCGCGGGAGCGCAUUCCUGAACCGCCCUCGCAGCUACAAGAGCAGCACCUCCUCCCCAUCUCACCGGGCUUCCGCAUGAUUGUCCUGGCCAACAGACCGGGCUACCCCUUCUUGGGCAACGAUUUCUAUCGAGAGUGCGGGGACGUGUUCGCCACGCAUGCUGUCGAGAAUCCAGACAUCACCUCUGAAGUCGAACUCCUUCGGAGCUACGGGCCUUCAGUACCGCAGGAGCAUCUCGUCCGCUUGCUGGGGCUUUUUGCCGAGUUGAGGCACUUGGUGGAGGAAGGCGUGCUUUCUUAUCCGUACUCAACCCGCGAGCUGGUUCGCAUCGUGCGACAUCUUGAGAGCUUCCCAGAUGACCCAAUUGAGGAGGUGUUUGGGGAUGUCUUCGAAUUUGACUGGCACGACUUGAAGUUGCGGGAGACUCUUUCGGGAGUGUUGAAUGGCUGUGGAUUCAGCUUCGACCCAACCUCCAAGCCGGCAAAGCACGGCAACCCCAACAGACGUUUGCCGAAGGAUUUCAAGUCUGCAAAGCACUAUGACUCUGGAGAGAACGCCGAGAAUGACGGUGACGGCUUCGAUCCCGGCGAUGUUGGCACUCGAGACUACGAUGAUGCGACAGACCAAUCGGGAAAGAGGCAUGCACCCAGGGCCGGCAACUGGGACGGGCGACAGCACAUUGGUGAAGGUCCCUGGGAUGGUGGUUCUGGUGGAACUGGAACUGCUGGCAUUGGUGGCCGCGCCGGGCCCUACCGCUUGGAUGUAGGGCAGGAGCUUGUGAUGCUCACGGAGGAGCAGAAAAAAGAGGUCUCAGAAGAAUGGCACAAGAAGGCCCAGCAGAUGGCAGAUGAGGCAUAUGCACACCGGUUGAGCGAGUUGAAGAUGAGCGCCCACGAUGAGUCUGAGUACCGUCGCUUGCUUCAGCCUGUGGAGGCACAAAUCUCUGCAUUCCGGUUGGUGCUCCAAAGCCACGAGGCGAAGGAGCGAGAGCGAUGUUGGCAGAAGCAGCAGACCCAGGGCGAACUGGACGAGAUGCGCCUUGUGGACGGCAUCGCAGGGGCUCGCAACAUCUACAGGCGCCGGGCGAUGGCGGAAGAAACAGGAGGUGAGCAGGUGCUGCCGAAGCGCAUUAAAUUCGUCAUGGACUGCAGCGGAUCUAUGUAUACUUUCAACCGCAUCGAUCAGCGACUGCAACGGUUAAUGGAAGCCUCCAUAUUUAUCUUCGAGAGUUUCGCUGGCUUCGAGUACAAAUACGAGUAUGCCAUGGUGGGACACAGCGGAAGUGGCCCGGAAGCAGAAAGCCUCGUCGCAUGGGCGAAGCCCCCAAAGAGCGCGAAGGAGCAGCUGGCCAUCGUGAAGCAGAUGGCGGCCCAUGCGCAAUAUUCUCACAGUGGAGAUCACACCCUGGAAGCUACCGACCGCGCCAUCAAGGACGUGCUGCGCAAGCCGGCGGAUGAGUACUAUGUAUUUGUUGUGAGCGAUGCCGACCUGGCGCGGUAUGGGAUCUCGCCUGCUGCCUGGAACAAGAUCCUGAUGCAGGACAAGCGGGUAAACGCUUACGUAAUCCUCAUCAGCUCCAACACCGACGAAGCGGAAAUGAUCAAGUCGGGAUUGACUGCAGGACAUGGCUUCGUUUGUGAUCAUAAUGACUUGUUGGCCGUGACUUUCAAGCAGGUCUUCUCAGUGACCAUGCUCCGAAAUCGAACGUAG